CGCCGUCGGACGGAAGCCGGGACGGACGCGCGGCGCUAUGUGGCCCGGAGUAUUAGUGGGGGGGGCCCGGCUGGCGGCAGGCAGGGUCCCCGCGCUGGGGCUGCUGCCCCUCGCCGCCCGCCGGCCCCCGCAGCGGACGCCCGAGCCCGGCCGGGCCCUGCCGCGGAGCCUGCACGGGACAGCGGCCCGCGCGCUCCCGCUCAUCCCCAUCGUGGUGGAGCAGACGGGCCGUGGCGAGCGCGCCUAUGACAUCUACUCGAGGCUGCUGCGGGAGCGCAUCGUGUGCGUCAUGGGGCCGAUCGAUGACAACGUGGCCAGCCUGGUUAUCGCCCAGCUGCUGUUCCUGCAGUCUGAGAGCAACAAGAAGCCCAUCCACAUGUAUAUCAACAGCCCUGGGGGAGUGGUGACCGCGGGGCUGGCCAUCUACGACACAAUGCAGUACAUCCUGAAUCCCAUCUGCACCUGGUGCGUGGGCCAGGCCGCCAGCAUGGGCUCGCUGCUGCUGGCCGCCGGCACCCCAGGCAUGCGCCACUCACUCCCCAACUCCCGGAUCAUGAUUCACCAGCCCUCCGGGGGUGCCAGGGGCCAAGCCACAGACAUUGCCAUCCAAGCCGAGGAGAUCAUGAAACUGAAGAAGCAGCUUUACACCAUCUAUGCCAAACACACCAAGCAGAGCCUGCGGGUGAUCGAGUUGGCCAUGGAGCGGGAUCGGUACAUGAGCCCCAUGGAGGCGCAGGAGUUUGGGAUCCUGGACAAGGUUCUGGUGCACCCACCGCAGGACGGGGAGGACGAGCCCGAGCUGGUGCAGAAGGAACCCACGGCCGCAGCCACGGGCACGGCAGCAGCAGCAGCAGUGGCAGCAGAACCUGCCCCAGCCAGCUCCUGAGAGCUGGGCCACACCCCCAGGAACAUGGGGAUGGUCCCGUGCCCGGCGGACACUGAGGCUGCAGCCCAGCCGCCUCCCUGAACUGCAGAGCCGGGAGGAGCCCGGGCAGGAACUGUGGAUACUGAGGUGGAGGGCUCUUCUCUAAGACACUGUGAUUUUAAAUUAAAGCUUUGUACCGUG